CGUGCGCGAUAUAAAAUGAAGAACCACAUAGUGGCUCCAAGUGUCUUUGCAAGGAACUGGUAUCUGAAACCGGGAAGAUGAGGGUUAAAACCUGAAGCUACAAAUAUAUCAUGAGCGCAGCAAAAAGGACGAGCUGAACGUCGCAUACGAUGUCCACCAGCCAUAAUAUUGAGUGUUCCGGGUUGAAGGUGGUAUUUGCGUUUGUUUGUGGAUUGGGUCUCCAAGAAAACUUGACACCCAUCUACACCCACAUAUCCAAGCCUCAUAUAAGCUCGCACAAGUUGUUCUGUGGCGUCUCUCGUACGCGUUAAUCCCGCUGCAAUGGAAAGCGGAAAACGAAAGCGAGAAGAGGACCUACCGAGCAUUACUUAUCUAGUCGGAGAUAGGUCUUUUGACAGACUUUUCAAAGAACAGUCUCUCGAAGAAAUAAAGAAUGUGGUACAGAGAAAACUGCAACUACCAUCGAACUCGACGGUCAAGCUAAAGCAGCUGCGUGGCGGCAAGGUCAUUGAUUUGGAUGAUGAUGACGACUUUGCUGCAUUCUCCGCGAGGGCAAAAUUAAUGAGGCUGGUUGACGUGGCAGUGGAAAUAUCACAAACUCCUGCUGCGGCAAAUGGAGCCGCAUCUUCUGCCGGUGCGGGGGACGCGUUAAAAUCUUCAGAGAAGAGCGUAGCGAAGAAAAAACGCAAAGCCACUAAUAACCAGCCUUCUAAGGAUGCCGACGCGCCUGUGGCACCAGAACCGAAGGCUAAGAAACGGAGGACAGAUCAGCCUGCUGCGAGUAUUGAUGCCCCUAAGCCUACGGAGAAUGCGCAAACUCCCAAGGUCGCCCCUACAAAAGGCACGGAGAAGCCCGCCCCAGUCAGUGCUCCAGAAGCAGCCUCACUGAAGCUCCCUGCGAAACCCACCGUCUUGAUCAACACCAAAACAACCCCUGCUGGUGGAGAACCACCGAAGAAGAAGUCGAAAACUGCAAAGGCUGACACGACCAAGGAUGCUGCAGAGAAGCCACCAAAGAAGACCAAGAAGACUGAAAACGUCAAGGAAACGGAAACCCCGACGCUACCACUGCCAAAUGACAACGCAGUUUCAGCCCCUCCAGGACCUUCAGAACCGCCAAAGAAACCACCAGGGACAAAGAAGGUCGCCACAAAGCCGCCGGCUCUUCAGUCUGUCGGGGGCAAGAGUUCCGCGAACGAUACAGUUAACGGCGCAACUGCCUCUGAAAAGAAGAAGGUGAAGAGCAAAAGCAAACAGAAGGGUAAAGAAGUUGAAAGUGAAGCGGCUCCAAGCGAAUCAGCUCCUGAGACCUCUGCUUCAACGAAAGGUCACAAGAAGGUUACAAUUGCGGAAGCUUCAAAGGCUCCAGCGCCGAAAGAAAAGAAGACCAAGCAAAGCAAGCCCAAAGUCAAGGCUUCAGAUACAGACGGCGCGUAAAUCAUGCUGACGGUAGUCACGGUCUGACCAAUGCUAGAUCAAUAGCUAGCCAGCCUCUUAAUCCACUAGAUUUUCAGGGCAUUAUAGAUGCGAUUGCGCGUGCCUCGGCGCACUCGGGUGGAAAGGCUAAAAAGAAUACCAAUACUGAGGUGAAUUCGGUUGCCACUUCCCAGCCAUCCGCUUCAUCGGCACCCUCUGUAAUUACGACUACCAAGAGUGGUGUGUCAUCUAACCCGCUUUGUCAUGUUUGUUCUGGGUCUUUUCAUCCUCUCUAUCGGUGCCCAACGGUGUUGGCAGGCGACGAAGCCAUACAGAAUAGACUUGAAGAUUUGAGGAAAGCAGGGGAAA